AAAACGGCUUCUUCUACUAGUCGUUGCAUUAGGGCGCCGCCGCCGCUGCCUCUAGUGCUGCAGUCCGACACGUCUUGUUUACGUUGAGGUUGGAACGGUUCCCCCUCGCUCCAUUUUGGCGUUUCAGAAUAAACCUCCAACACUGACAUCAUUAACAGAGGGCCGUACAAGGAGCGAGAGCAAGGAGAUGUUGACUCACUCCUCUGACUUACUCCCUCAGAUAGUUUGUCCAAUGGAUGAAGAUGCUAUUCCCUCAAACCCUUUCUGUAGUGCACCUCCCCACAGUGAACAUCCACCACCUCUCCUCCCCCUUUCCUCCGACACUCCCAGCUGUGCAAAUGAUGAAAUAUCAGGACAUCCUGGUCGUAUUCAAGGGGUCAGACCUCAAACACCUAAAAAACAGUGCCACAAGGACAUCAGAGCAGUUCAGAAACCAUCCAGACAGAAUCUGUUCCCCAUCAGGAGACAAAGAGACAUUAGAAGCAUGGUGCAAGUGUCGCAGUCCAAGCACCCUAAAGUUGUAUGUGGGGCAAAAAACAAGGAUGGAUUGGAUUUUAAGGUUGCAACGGAGAACCAGAAUACGAAAAAAGACCAGAAAAGCCCCUGGAAUGAGCCCGAUGUCUCUGCUGAAGGAAAUGUAGUUGAGCAAUUGGCUGACAAUACUACUGCUGAAUCGGACAUGGAUACAGGCAGGGAUUUGGCACUGGAACACGGUGAUGAAAGUGUAUCUUCCUUAAAAGGAUGGGUGAUAGGCCCAUUAUUUCGGAAUUUAAAGUCAAAGAUAAGCAGUUUCACAGAGAUUGUCUGGAGUCCUGUUAAACUCUUCAGACCCAACAGUCCUCCACUGUCAAUGGAGUACUCGGAGGAACCAGCUGAAUGUCAGCUGCAGGACAAUGGACCAUCUGAUGUUGAGCUGAGCAAUAUAUUUCAGCCAGUAGGACAAAGUGAAGUUGAGAAUCAAGAGGCUGACGUGAAUCAGCAGAGGGUUAGUGAUGAUGCAAAAAACAGGACUCGAUGUUUCUCAAAAAAAUUACUGUUUGACCUGGAUUUGCCAACAGACAACUCUGAACAGAUUGAUGAAUGUACAGUAACUCGGACAGAAAAGAUUUCCCCUGAAUCUGUGCCUUCUGAAGACAGUCCCAAACCCUCAAUUUUCUCUAACAAUGUGUCACAAUGUGUUGGGUCUUCUUUACUGUUACAGCCCUCUGUCAUUUUGAGUAUCUCACAGGAGUCCAAUGUGAAGAUGUCCAGUACAGGGGCGAAGCAAGGCAGACCGGCUGUCAGGCUGAAACCACCACCUAGAAAGGCUACAGGAAAUAGAUCAGAACCAAAAAAGGUUAUGUCUAAGCCUCGCAUGAAGAAAGAAGAGUCUGCCCCACAGGUCCGUGACGAGCAGCUUUCUCAAAGGAACUCAAACAAAUCCAACCCAAGCCAUACAGACAAAACUCAGCCGUUAUCUGCUUCAGCCUUUCACACUCACCUCGGUGCAGACAAUCUUCAGCCUGAUGAUGAGAAGAAAAUCAAGAACAUUAAAAGUGACAGCAUAGUUGGACAAAUCCUAUGGAACAAUUCAAAUGCCAGAAGGACACUGAAGUCCUCUUUGGACACAGAACAGCUAGAAAAUCAGACAAUUCCUGAGUCUUAUUUGGCUGCAAGUCUUGGAAGAUCAAAGAGGGGGAUUAAAGGGUCUUUGAAUUCUCAAGAGUCGGGGAGGAGGAAAAAACUUAGGAUAGAUGGAUGUAAAGAAGAUGUAGUAAACCCACCUUCAGAUAGUGGCACGCUGAGAGGUCUUAGACCACAGACAGGGGAAGAAACACUGAAACCUCUGAAAAAUAGACAUCACGUUACAACAAAAACUAAUAGAAAAGGAAAGUUAAGACAAGAAAUGCUCCCUACAGUAAAUGAAGCUGUGUUAAAUGCACUGACUGAAUGUUCCCCUGAUGCAGUGAUGCUUUGCUCUGUGGAUAAAAGCGGUGGUGCAUCAGAGAACAGUCAAAAGGGCAGCGGCACAAAGACAAAGCCUUUUGGUUCAGGCAAGAGACUUAAAACAAGGACAGGUUUUUGCAAACCUGAUGUAAACAUUGACAGUAUGGAUCUGGAAACCACAGUGGCAAUCACCUCUUCUGGACAAACCCAGCAGGAGCCUUUGUCAGAAGUUAUUGUUCAUCCUGGUGAAAAGCAGCUCCAGAGCACAAGCAAGAGCAGGGCUACAAACAAGAAACCACUGAAACGAAAAUCGCCUGUCCAAGUGAGUUUGAUGACAGAAAUAGACAGCACUUUCUCUUCUAACUCAUUAGUGAAGUCAAUAGAAUUAACAUCGCCUACUUUUGAUAAAUCUCAACCUGUUCAAAGAGAAGAGAACUUGAAAACGGAGCUCAACCAGUUGUCCAAGAGAUCCAAAAAGGGUUUCAAAGGAGCUGUUAAAUCCAAAGUGACAACACAAUCUACUGAUAAUAACCUAUAUUUAAUAACCAAAGAAUGCCAGUCUAAAGAAGGAAAAGGCAAAAAUUCAAUAGACCCUGUGUAUUUUGAUAUGACACCUUUUGAAAGUGAUCAGCAUCCUGCUCCUUUACCCUCCCAAACUAACUUAAAGUGUUGUGUACAGUUAAAUAAUGAAGUUAAACACUUAAUGGUUGAGAUGGUAAACAGCACUGCGCCCUUUGUUUUUGUGGCAGAUGAGCCAGUUCCUACUGACAUUGAAGCCAGUAAUAACAGCAGGUUGAGGUCCAGUGCAAGAAAAAGUAAUACUACUGCUAAGCCCAGGAAAGUGGAAAAACAAAGGAGAAGAUGUAGAGUGUUGCAUGGUAGGACACAUAAAGGUGAAGAAAUUAGAGAGUCGAUCACUAUGGAGGAUGCAGAUCUGGCUCCUCACUCUUCAAAAAACCCUUCCAAUCGUCUGUUGCGCAGCUACUCAUGCCCAGAGAUCCCAUCCGUCCAUCCCCAGGACGCACCCUGGAUUUCAUCUUUGCAUUCUCCACAUCACAACAGGACUCCCACGCCACAGCAGCACCAGUCCCUUCACACUCCUUUUGUCCCUCAUGCCCAAAAGUUCAUUCGGCGGGCUCGUCGUCACACGGUCUGCAGUGUGGAAGUAGAACGAGAGAUUGCUCCUCUGUGUCUUCGUAAGGAGGUGUAUCCAUUGAGAAGAUCUCUCCCACAUGAUGGCUUCACACAGCACUUGUCCCCUCGUGUCACACUUUCUCCCAGCACUCCCCUGUCAGCUCUGGCUUUCCGUUUCCUUUCGAGCCCCCUGGCCUUUCUUUCCAAUAGAGUCGAUGGCAGAGCAGCUGCUGCCAGCCCCAGCACUUCCAGUCAUGUUUUUUCUCCCAUCUCUCCCUCAUCUUUGACAUCCUCAGUGAGCUCCUCCACAUGGCACCAUUCAGGAAUCCUCCCAAGUAGUGACUCUCAUUCUCCCUCGAAUUCUAGUUCAAGUGGAAAAAUUGUGGAGUGUGAGACUGAGAUGAGGCAAAGUGAGGAGGAGGAGGAUGCUGAAGACACAAGCUCAUCCAGUCAGGAGUAUGAAGACAUUGCAUUGAAAGAGGAAAAGGCUCUAUCUGACUCUGAAAUCAAGGUGGUGCAAAAGCAAGAGGAGCGAGGGAAGGUGUCGUCCAUUAGAAUUCGGAAAACUUUACCUAAAACUCUAAAUAACCUGACACCCAUGGGCCUGCCCAAAGCCAUCAGGCUGAAAAAGAAGGAGUUUAGUCUGGAAGAAAUCUACACCAAUAAGAAUUUCAGCAAACCUCCUGAAAGCCGACUGGAGACCAUAUUCGAGGUGCCUCUCAAUCGUCGAAAUGGUUCAGAGUCCUGGUUCAGCCAGAGACGUGUCAAAAGAUUUCUGGAGUUCCUGGAGGUUGGCGAGGCCAGGAAACCAAAGAAGCCACUUGUGGGUGUCGGAAAGGUGGGUACCUCGUCUUCAAGGACAAGGCGAGGGGGCGUGACUAAAGACGUACCGCCCCUCAGCGCGCAGGACGUGGACUCACUGCUGUGUGCCAAGCUUGAUCAGCUGAGUUUGUGGUUGAUAUGUGAUCAGAAAGACAGCUGACAGAUGCCUCUGAAAUGGUAAUGAUUUACCCCUCCAAAACAAUUACUGCAGUGCUGUUUUCUAAUGUAUAUUUUACAUGAACAUUCAAUGUUAUUGAAGAAUGGAUCUUUUCAGUCAUAGGAUGUAGAGCUGCAAAGUUGAAGAAAAGUACAUCAUAGCUUCAACAAAUAUGUCCCAUUUCAGAAGUCGGUUGCAAACAUAAUGGUGCAUUUUAUUAUCAUUAAGGCACUUCUGCUGUCCAUUUUCCCUGUGGGCCAGUUUCUAUUUUGGUAAACAGUUGACGUCCAUAAUUUUAAACACUUACAGUACAGUAUGGUGUCUUAUUGUCAUUUUGUCAAAUCUCAGACUGCAUGUCCUGUAUACCAUCGCAAAUCUGUUGCACUGAUGGUAGCCGGUGUAUUAUAAGAGGUUUAGUGAUGUUGUAUCGUCAUUGUUUAAGUUAUUAAUAAAGGCAGCUAAUUUUCUUUUCAUUCAAUGCCGAUAAUAUAACUUUUAAACAUGCCAGCAAGAGAUUUGUCUUUGCUGCAACUCUGUUUCUGUCCACAAACAGGGAUUGCUAAAUCAUUAUAUUGAGUCGAGGACUCACCCAUGUUCAAUCAGCCUGGUGUUUGUGUUAGUAAUUUUAUGACAGGGGAGGUUUUUGAUCUUUAAAAUGUAACGUGGAAACAGUGCAGCACUCCUGAGAGCAUUUAUUAGAGGAAGCGUCCAGAUUCCACUGCUGGUUGUCUUUUUUAUUACCUGUGGUCUGUUUUCUCAUGUCUGUAUUUGUAUUGUAAAUGUAAUAUUUUGAUAAACUGUCUGUAUAUGUUUGUUUUUUCUCGCCAAAUUUAAUGGAAGUUGCCUUAACUGUAAGAUUUUUGUUUUUGUUUAAAUAGUAGUUAUGUAAAUGUGUUUGUAAUUGUUGCAACUCAGAGCACAAAUGUUUUUUUCAUUUUUAUUACAAAAUUGUUUCAGUAGUGUUUGUAUAAAAGUACAACAUAUUGGUACAUUUGAUGUUAAUAAAGCUAAUAUGGUAACAGCGCAAUAAUGCCAAGAUAAUGCUGGCACGACGAGAGCAGAAUCACAUAAUGUUCUGAGGAAGCACUGCCAGGAUCUCUGCCACACUUUAUCAUGCCCAGUGUCGACCCAAUCCUUCUCCAACACAUGUAGAUGUUGUAUGAUUUAGAGAUUUGCAUUUCUCUAUUCACUUUUUUUUUAGAAUCUGCAAAUGUCUAAAACAAAAUGUGGAGUUGUAACGACAUUUAAGGUGCAAAAAUGUGGAGGAUUGGGUCAUUGCUGUGGAAUAAUCAUGGCAUGUAGUUUCUUGUCUCAGACUUUACAUUUUUCUAUUUACAUUAGAAGUUUGAAUUGUGCAUAUGUUUAUAAAAAUAAAUAUUUCAGUGUGUAAGAUA